AUGAACGACUCGCGACUGAAGGCCAGCGUUGCGAUGCAACCUCUGCAAAUAGAAACCCCUCCGGAAGCUACAACAGCUGCAAGCAUGGGCAAGCCAAUGGAGGGGAAGAUCUUUUAUAUUGCUUUAUCUAGCCUGAGUGUUAUUGCUUUGUUGGAUGGAUUGAUGACCACGGCUCUGGCUCCAGCGAUCCCGGUCAUAAUUGGAAGUCUUCAUGGCUCUGCUCUUGAGGGUUUCUGGGCGGGGACAUCCUUUCUUCUGUGUGCUUGCGUUUUUCAACCAACUUUCGCCUCAUUGUCCCAGAUAUUCGGUCGAAAACCUUUGCUCUUCCUGGUCUUGUUGCUUUUCACAGUCGGGACAAUUAUUUCUGCAGUUGCUCAUGGAGUCGCAGUCUUACUACUUGGUCGCUCUAUCCAGGGAGCUGGAUCCGGGGGAAUACUUGCAAUGACUUUGGUCAUCAUGACUGAUAUUGUGACAAUCAGAGAGCGAGGCAAGUGGAUGGGCGUAAUAUUGAUGCAGUAUGCUAUCGGGACAAUCAUGGGUCCCAUUAUUGGUGGUGCAAUCGUUGAGAACAUCUCAUGGCGCUGGAUCUUUUGGGUAGUUCUCCCAGUAUGCGGCUUCGCGUUCGUGAUGAUCUUUUUGUUCAAGGAGCCUCAUGUCAGGGCUGGAUCGAUGCUUGAGAAACUGAAAAUGAUUGAUUGGUUUGGGCAAUUUUUGGUUAUUGCAUCACCUACGGCUAUACUUAUUCCAAUAUCAUGGGGAGGUCUGCAGUACCCAUGGAACAGUUGGCGCGUUUUGGUACCGCUUAUUCUUGGAAUCUUCGGCCUUAUAGUAUUCGGAUUCUACGAAAUAUAUGUGGCAAAAGAACCUGUCGUCGUUCCACGAAUAAUGGCAAACAGGACAGCGGCUUCCAUAUAUUUCGGUAGUGUAAUAACAGGGAUUCUGAUGUUCAGCGAACUUUAUUACCUGCCACUGUACUUCGAGGUAGCCAAGGGAUAUUCGCCGCUCAUGGCUGGAGUCGCAUUGAUACCUCAGACAUUUUCGAUUUGUCCCGCCAGUGUCAUCACUGGCAUUUUGAUCACUCGUACAGGCCGCUACCGAUGGGCAAUAUGGUCCGGAUGGGCCCUUACUGUGUUAGGAACGGGCCUACUCUACCUUCUCGACGUCCAUACCCCGACCGCGGUUUGGGUAGUCAUAGGAGUCGCUUCUGUUUUCGGAGUCGGGAUGAAUCUGAGUGCGAUGAGCAUAGGAGUUCAAGCGACUGCAUCAGAUGCAGAUCUACCAACCGCAGCUGCGCUAUACACCUUCUUUCGCUUAUUCGGACAAUCUGCUGGUGUAGCAAUCGCAGGUUCAAUCUUCCAGAAUCAGAUGGAGAGGCACCUGAGAAGAUAUGCCGAUCUGGCAGCGAAUGCUUCCAUGCUUUCCAAAGAUGCUGCGAGUCUUGUCCUUUUGCUCAAGACCAUGCCUGACUCUGAAAGGAAAGAAAACAUCAUACAAAGUUAUGUUGAUUCGUUGCAAAUUAUUUGGAUCACCAUGAUGGGGUUUUCUAUUGCAGGUUUCUUGACUUCGUUCCUUGUCAGAGGCAUCUCUCUGGAUCGGCGGGGUCCAACGUCUUAG